UGGCAGGGUCUGUAUUUUAUUUGUUGCAGUUGAAUGAAUCUUGGCUGUUGGCUCUAGGACUUCUGGCUUUGUUUUCAGAAACUGGAAGGUCUGCCAUGAAUGAAGCAGAGGGCUACAGGAAGAGAAAAGACUAUCUUGUGGUUCAGGCAGUUGAAUACUACCUGGAAGAACUCUGUUCUAUCCUUGCCUCAGACACAGAGUUUGUGUGAUGCAAGGCACAUUACUGAAACCAAAACUCUCACAGGUGGCCACUAACUGUGUGUGCCUCAUUUUCUGAGCACCUGACUUGAGACACUUGAGGCCUGACUUCUAGACCUGCUGAGCACCCACAACUGCAGCUAUGGCUGCUUAGCUUUAGGAGGACAAUGCUGUCUGGAGGAAUAAGCACAGGACUGGGUGUUUAUGUGGGACUAGUUCUAAUCCUGACUCUGCUGCUGAUUCGUUUGCGGCCUUGAGCAAGUCACUUUGCCCCGGAUUUUUAAAGGUAUUUAAGUAUGGUUCUGUUCAGCAUUGCAAAGCCUAAGUGUCAUUUUCAAAAGUGGCCUAGGCACUUAGACUCCGACUCACAUUUUAAAAUGAGACCCGCUCCUAAAUCAGUUGAGCAUUGCAACACAGAGCAAUGCCUAAAUACCUUUAAAUAUCUGGGCCCUUUGCCUUUGUUCAUUUGUAAAAUGGGGAGUUGUGAAGAUAAAAUCAUUAAUAUUUUUAGGCUGAGAUAGUACAGUGAGUGCAUAGAAGAUAACCUGAAAUUAAUAAUUCUGAGUUUGGAUGGUGUGUAAUAAAUAAGGCCUGUGAACAUUGUUCAUCAUGCGUGGUGAAUGAUGCAGAGGUUCUAUGGAAAAAAUACUGUGUGAUCAUGUAAUUAAAGACUAUCUGUUCAUAGCAUACAAACAGCAAAGUUGGAUAAAAGUAUAAAAUACUCUCUCUGGAAGGUGGCAGUGUAACACACUACUUUAUUUCUUAGACUCCAGAACCCUAACACACAAGAAUCAAAAUCAGAGCAAGACAAAGCAGGUUGCUCCCCAAGGCAGAGAAGCACAACUUAAUCCACUUUGCUCUAGGCUGACUCUUCACAGACUGACUGCUGAAAAUCCAGGUCAUACGCUGCCGUACAGAACCCCCAAGCCUGCAAGCAAAACCAGAAAACCCUUAUACUUCAAGUGACAGCUUGAAAUUUUAACACAGUAUUCAAUGCCCUACUGUAUCAUUAUGCACAACCUUAAUUCUGCCACUUCCUAACUUUCCUGUACUUGACCUUGCAACCUUAACAUUCUUUUAUUGUAACACGUGUAUGGUAUUUACAGUAUCUCUACAAAACACACUGUAGUUCAUGCACACCUUUAUGUACUUCAUGGUACAUGUUAAUAUGUGGUAUAAAUGUAGGUGGCAGUCAUGUUACCUCAUUUAGUCAACUCCCUUCUCUUGUAGGCUUUGGGCCACAGGGCUUACAUUUACAUAAUACUUUUCUUGGCUAUGUAACUAAUUGUUGUCUUUUUUUUUUAAAGAGAGUGGAAGAAUGCAGGAGAAAAGUAUGCCAGUCAGUAAUACAGGGAUAAUGAGAGCCACUCACUUGCUGCAGUUACCGCAAGAAAUGCUGACUGAGAUAAUCAUGUACCUUCCUCCUGCGGAAAAAUCCAAAGUCCGUGCCACGUGCAGUCUCUUCAAGGAUCUGGUUGAUCAGCCUGUUGUGUGGCAAAAGAGUACCAUUGUCCUCCGACGCAUAAGCGCUUUCAAUGCCGAGUUCUGGGACGUGCUUCGGAAAAGAAAGAUCACUUCUGUAGAAGUGAAAGAAAUUGGGCUUAAGCAAUGGCAAAAGCUGCUGAGAUUGAUGCCUGGUCUGCUAGAUGUAACUGUGGAUUCCCUCUGUAGCGAGGAAAUCCUGCAAGGGUUACAGCUGCUCACAGAUCUACAGAAACUUCACUUGAAAACGUGCUCUAAGUUAUCUGAGAGAAAUGUAAUCAGGGAAGUUGUGCACUUUCAACACCUUACCCACUUGUUGUUGUGUGGCAUAACCUUCUUAAGUGGCAGUGAAUUGAUCAGAAUUGCUUGCUUACAAAACCUACAUACGCUCUCAUUGCAUACUGUGCAAAAGGCACUUCCUGAGAAAGCACUAGAGUAUGUUUUAUUCCAUUUACCAAAACUCAGAGAACUGUCACUUUCUUAUAUCCUAAGUAAGGAGCAUUUUUUGUUAUGCCUCAGUUUGCCAGAUAGACAUCCCAUCCCUUAUUCAUCAGAAGAGCGUUUCCUAGAUCAGCUCUCCACCAUCCACACUCUGACUGUUUGUUACAUCAAGGACUUUUUGUUACACUCAGUGGAUGCCUUUGGACAAGUGCUGAAGAACCUACCAAACUUGACAGAAUUAAAUCUUCUAUGGAUCUCCAAUUUGGAUAUGUUUGUUGAUAACAUUCCUUCCAGCCUUGUUAAACUAAGUGUGAUUGGAACCAAGCUCUCAAACUCUGCUCUCAGCUGUUUGUCUGACAAAUCCUGGAAGCUAAGAGAAAUGGAUCUAACCCUCUCAUAUGGAUUUGAUGAAAAGACUCUGAAACAAUUUCCCCACCUCUUUCCACUGCUGACUAGACUCUGCCUUAGUGGUUUUGUUUUGACUGACAAUAUCUUGUUGAGCUUGGCUAAAAUGGAGAGUUUGCGAGAACUUGAUGUUAUUGGUGGCACAAAUCUGGCAAAAGAAGCAAUCCCGAAUUUUCGCAUCACAACGGACUGCAGGGUACAUCUCCUUGUAGAGCGGCAUUCAGUGUCUUCUAAAUGUGACUGCUUAUGGAGCACGUAGUACACUGCCUUUCUUUUAACCCACCAUUGUUUACAGAGCUUUGAUAGCUAAAUGUACUGCUAUCAGGAAACCAAGAAUGUUCUGUAAAGUUCUGCUGAAAUUCCAUGUGAGGAAGAGAGGUAGUGGAAACAAACCUUCAACAUUCUCAAUAACGGUAUAGCGCUUCACUACAGCCACUAGCUUAUGAAUAUAAAAAACAGAAAUGUCUUCUUUGAGCCUGUAACAUUGACAAGCCUGAACUGUGAACAAAUACUGGCAUUCUAUAUUAAAAUUUCUGAGCA